CGAGUAUAUACGUAGUCCAGCCUUGCGCCCGUGUCCAAACAACCCGUCUCAAAUCUGGCCGUCUCGCUGCCCUUUGACUUUUAGGCUUUACUAUAAAAACGUUGGAAAUGGCGGAGAGCGGCAGCAACUGCGGUAGCACCAACCAGAAGAUGAUCUCAGCCGACGAAGCUCUUCAAAUUGUGCUCAGCGUGGCCCGGAAGCUGCCACCUGUCACCGUUCCACUUAACCAAGCUCUCGGAAAAGUUUUGGCUCAAGAUAUCCUUGCUCCUGACCCUUUGCCUCCUUAUCCAGCUUCAAUCAAGGAUGGUUAUGCAGUGGUUGCUUCGGAUGGCCCUGGUGAGUAUCCUGUAAUAACAGAAUCAAGAGCUGGAAAUGAUGGGGUUGGUGUUACAGUGACUCCUGGAACUGUGGCAUAUGUGACAACUGGAGGACCAAUACCAGAUGGUGCUGAUGCAGUUGUCCAAGUUGAGGACACUGAACAGGUUAAAGCUCCUUCUGAAUCAAAGCGUGUAAGGAUAUUGGUGCAAACUAGCAAAGGUGUUGAUAUUCGUCCAGUGGGAUGUGACAUUCAGAAAGAUGCAGUAGUUUUAAAAUCUGGAGAAAGAAUAGGUGCUUCAGAAGUGGGACUACUUGCUACAGUGGGCGUUACAAUGGUGAAGGUGCAACCUACACCAACCAUUGCUGUACUUUCUACUGGAGAUGAACUUGUAGAGCCAACAACGGGUUCCCUAAGUCGUGGCCAGAUUAGGGAUUCCAACCGUGCUAUGUUAUUGGCUGCUGCAACACAGCAACAAUGCACAACGCUUGACCUUGGUAUUGUUGGAGAUGACACUGAAGAACUUGAGAGGGUCUUGGAUAGUGCAUUUUCUUCAGGGAUUAAUAUUCUUCUGACCUCUGGGGGUGUUUCCAUGGGAGAUAAGGAUUUUGUGAAGCCACUUCUUGAAAAGAAAGGGACAGUGCACUUCAACAAGGUUUGCAUGAAACCGGGGAAACCAUUGACAUUUGCAGAGAUAUAUUUAAACGGGGCAAAGAAUGCACCAAUGAACAAAGUUCUUGCGUUUGGUUUACCUGGAAAUCCAGUUAGCUGUCUAGUUUGUUUCCAUCUCUUUGUGGUCCCUACCAUACGCCACCUAGCAGGAUGGACAAAUCCACAUCUUUUGAGAGUGCAAGUUCGACUUCAACAACCAAUAAAGACAGAUACAAGCCGGCCAGAAUUUCAUCGUGCCACUAUCAGAUGGGAAGUUAAUGAUGGAUCAGGCAAUCCGGGAUUUGUUGCUGAGAGCACUGGCCAUCAAAUGAGCAGUCGGCUUCUGAGUAUGAAAUCAGCUAAUGCUUUGCUGGAGUUUCCGGCAACAGGGAAAGUUAUUUCUGCUGGAAGUUCUGUCUCAGCCAUUGUAAUUUCCAAUUUAGGUGGUACUGCAUUGAGCAAGGCUGCUUUGUCUUCAGCUUCAAGUACAAGUACUACACUACAUAAAAGUGCGUUGAAUGAACUGAUGGUAGAUGGAUCUCAGGAUGUUCAGUUCAAAGUAGGUGUUCUGACAGUGAGUGAUACUGUUGCAUCAGGUGCAGGGCCUGAUCGAAGUGGACCUAGGGCAGUAUCCGUUGUAAAUACCUCAUCGGAAAAGUUAGGAGGAGUGAAGGUAGUUGCAACAGGUGUGGUUUCAGAUGAUGUGGGAAAGAUCAAGGAAGUUUUGCAGAGAUGGAGUGAUAUCGACAAAAUGGAUCUUAUUCUCACACUUGGUGGCACUGGCUUCACCCCAAGGGAUGUGACCCCUGAAGCAACAAAAGAGUUGAUUGAAAAAGAAACACCUGGUCUUCUGUAUGUCAUGAUGCAAGAGAGUUUAAAGGUAACACCAUUUGCUAUGCUCUCACGCUCAGCAGCUGGAAUAAGAGGGUCAACAUUGAUCAUCAACAUGCCCGGGAAUCCAAAUGCAGUCGCGGAAUGCAUGGAGGCUUUGUUGCCAGCCCUUAAGCAUGCAUUAAAGCAGAUAAAGGGUGACAAAAGGGAGAAACACCCCAGGCAUGCCCCUCAUGAACAAGCUACCCCUGUGGAUACUUGGGAACGCAGCCAUAAGUUGGCCUCUGCUGCUAGCAUAGAACCCACUUGCUCUUGUUCUCAUUAAAUUGUCUUCUUCCUUUUUUUUUUUUUUUUUUUCAGGUGAAGAAAACAAUCAACUUUAUAUACAUAAACAAUGCUACUUCUAAGUUUUAUAAUUAAUUUUUCAGAAAAAAUAGAAAAAAUAAUAAAAACCCUUGUGAUUUUCUAACACAAAGGAGGAGCUCCUCAGCCCUAUCAAUCCCAUAGUUUUCUAAAGAUUUUAGUGAUUUCUAUGUAAUUUAACAUAAUCUUUUGAGAGGGUUACAAUAUCUUCAUUAACAUCUUAGCUAGAAAAAUCAAAUUUAUCAAUUAAGCGAUUCCUAUAAAUAAACAAGAAACGAUUGAUUGUUCUGCACAUUUUGACUAAGGCCUUCAUUAGGGUGUGUGGUGUCUCAUCGAUGUGGUUUACGA